AUGGCCCUCAGGCGAGUCCUCGUCGACCGAAUCGUCCGUUCGUGCGCUGCGCGCGCGUUCGCGUCGACGAGUGCGUCUUACGCGUCCGCGCGAGACGCGCUGAAGGAGGAGAGACCGCCGACCGCGGACGAACUCGCGGCGAUUCCGCGCGAGCGCACGAGAAACUUUAGCAUCAUCGCGCACGUGGACCACGGCAAAAGCACGCUGGCCGAUCGAUUGCUCGAACUGACUGGAGCGAUAAAGCGAGAUGGAAGCAAUAAACAAGUCCUCGACACACUGCCGGUGGAACGGCGACGAGGGAUCACGGUGAAGGCGCAGGCGGUGAGCAUCCUGCACCGCGAGCCGAGCGACGGACAGGCGUACUUGUUGAACCUAAUCGACACGCCUGGACACGCAGAUUUUAGCUUUGAGGUGUCGAGAUCGUUGAGCGCGUGCGAUGGCGCGGUCAUGCUCGUCGAUGCGACGCAAGGGGUGGAGGCUCAGACGAUCGCUACGUUUUAUUUAGCACUCGAUAGGAAUUUGGCCAUCGUGCCAGCGGCGAACAAGGUGGAUAUGACGAGCGCGGAUGUGGAGCGAGUGGCGAAACAGAUGGAGCGUGCAUUCGGAGUUGAACGCGAAGACGUCUUAGAGGUUUCUGGGAAGACGGGUCACAAUGCGGAGAAGGUUUUGAGCGCUGUGGUGAAGCACGUGCCGCAUCCGUCUGGCGAUCCAAACGGGCCGUUGCGCGUGUUGUUGCUCGAUUGCCACUACGACGAUUAUCGAGGCGCGGUGAACAUCGUGCAAGUCGCGGAUGGGGUCAUCAGAAAAGGGGAUAAAGUGUCGUCGUGCGCCAGUGGUCAGCAUUUCGAGGUAUUGGAGCUCGGGAUGAUGACGCCCGAGCGGACGAAGACCGACGCGAUGUACGCCGGACAAGUCGGCUACAUGAUCACAAACGUCCGCGACGUGCGGUCGUCGAAAGUUGGCGAUACGCUUCACAUGAAAAAUGAACCCGUAGAACCGCUCGCAGGGAUUAGACCGGCGAAACCGAUGGUUUUUCAAGGACUAUACCCGGUGAAUUCCGAUGAUUUUGAAAAGCUCAAAGCGGCGGUGAGUAAGCUGACUUUGAAUGAUGCCAGCGUGACGGCGCAAACGGAGAACAGCACCGCGCUCGGCGCGGGGUUUCGGUGUGGAUUCCUCGGUCUGCUGCACGCCGAUGUUUUCCACCAGCGUCUACAAGAGGAAUUCGGCGCGGAAAUCAUCGCGACCGCGCCGACGGUGCCGUAUCGCAUCAAGCACGCCAACGACGAAGCGUAUAUCGAUUGCACAUCACCGCUCGCGAUCCCAUCGGGUGGCUUCCCGUCCAAAGGCACGGAAAUCGAAGAACCUCUCGUCGAGGCCACGAUAAUUUGCCAGCCGCACGUGGUCGGGAAGGUUGUCGAAUUGUGCAUGGACCGUCGCGGCGAGCAACUCGAGCAAAACUUUUUAGAUGAUUCGCGAGUGAUUCUCCGCUACAGGCUUCCACUCGGUGAAGUCGCCGCCGACUUUGCGGAUGAGCUGAAAUCUCGCUCGAGUGGGUACGCGACGUUCGAUUACGACGACGCUGGGAUGGCGAAGAGUGACAUCGUACGCAUGGACGUUCUUGUCAACGGCUCAGUCGUCGACGCCUUGGCUACGCUCGUCCAUCGCAGCAAAGCCCAGCGCCACGGCCGCGACCUCGUCGCGCGCUUAAAGGAAGCUCUCCCGCGCCAGCUCUACGAAGUCGCUCUGCAAGCCGCGCUAGGCAGUAAGGUAAUCGCUCGCGAAACCAUCUCCGCGAUGCGUAAAAACGUCACCGCCAAGUGUUACGGCGGCGACAUUUCACGCAAGAAGAAAUUAUUAGAAAAGCAAAAAGAAGGCAAGCGCCGCAUGCGCCGCAUAGGCAACGUAGACAUCCCCAACGAGACUUUCGCCGGGAUCUUGAGUAAUAAGAGGAACUAG